AUGGCCGCCGUUGCCGGGGGUGCGGCCAGCAACAGUCAAGAGCAUCAGUCCCAGAGCAAGCUUUCUUCCUCCUCAACACAGCCUGCGAGCAGUCAGUCGACCGCACCGCCCGCCGCUUCCGGCGGGGCCACGGCCCGCAAGCCGUCUGCCUCGGCGGCGACCAAGCGCACCGGCGCCGGUGCUGGAACCAAUUUCACCCUGCAAACAGGUUCCAGCCCAGAGGAAGACGAAGCCUAUCUUACCGCCCUCUACCGCUCGUCCGCCCAGUUGGCUCAGCGUGCGGGCUUUAGUGGAUUCGAACGUCAGGCGCUCACGACCCUUGCUGAAGCCGCUUGCAACUACACCCUCCUUCUUGGGCGUGUCUCCUUGCAAUACGCUCACUUUGAACAUCGAAGCAACAUCAAUCUUGACGAUCUUGGCCAGUGUUGCGACGAUCUUCACCUCCCCGCUCAACAACUCGAGCUUCACCUGCGCAAGGCUUUGCAACACCAGCAGCAGCAACACCUGGAUAGCUUGAGCCUCUCAACCCUCGGCAAGUCAAGCACAGGACCCGGCCUCGCCCGAACCCAUCAAAACAUUUCGCUUUCUUCUUCGUCUCCUUGGACCGCAACCAUCACCAUCAUCGUCGCCGUGGCUGCCAUUUGGGUCCUGUCUUCAUGCAUUCUGCUUGCGUACGCUCUUGAACCGUUAGUUGCGCCCUUUCUUCCUCCUUUACCGCCACGCAAAACCUACGAUGCCUCGGCCAUGGACGAGGAUGAGGAGGUCACGAUUGAGGUUCCGAUGAAUGGAGACGCUAGUCUUGAACAAGGCAUUGAUUCUUCCCAAGACAGCAACCCGACGGCUGCAGCCGCUGGUCCAGAAUCAUCCUUGGUCGAGCCGGGCCGGGAGACAGCGCCUGGUCACAUUUCUCCAAAAAGCCAAGGCGAUGCAAGCGACCAACCACGAUCACAAAGCCUCAACCUCAACCUCAACGAUCUUGAUGCCCUGAUCGAUGACGAUCUUUUGACCAAACCACUUGAUGUCCCAAAAUAUGUUCAGCUGCGCAGUGACUUCUCGUCACUUCCACAACGCCUGAUCCCCUGCAACAGAUGCGCAUCCUAUGCCUUCCUUUGUGAGCUCACCGUGGGUGUACCUUUUGGCGCCAUGGCAUGCUUGGACGUACAGAUUUCUACCAAAACAACGACGAGCUUAUCACAUGCUACACCACAAGCGCGCUCCACUUCACCAAAGGCCAAGCGGCCCAAGGUUGUCAAUGGCACCUCAGGACCCGUAGCAGCUCGGCGCCCUCCAUCCAGUUCGUGCCGACGCAGGUCCUCUUCGCCGCCCGGCAAUGUGGUCCCCAAAAGUACACUCAUCGGCCUCGUCUUGUGCGCAGGUGCCCGCGCCCUGAGCCCCAAAGCAUCGAUAACAAGCCCUCGCGUCAAAGCUCAGGACACCCCGGUCUCUGGUCCCGUGGGUAAGGGCGCCAGCUCCGCUCGUCUGACCUCGCCCGUGGCAACGCCCGUGGCAACGCCGGCGAGCAACAACACGCUGCUCGAGAAACGUGCUGUCCACGUUCCGCCCUUGUCCAUUGAUAUUGGCAAAGUCAAUGAGUUGGCAGCCCAGACGCCAGCCAAGGAUGAGCCCACCACCGCUGACAUUCGAACACCAUCUGCAUCAACCCCAAAGCUCAAGAUCAAGCUGACACCCACCGUUGUGAAGAAGGAAGGCUUCGACCCUGGAGCCACAGACGUCGCCACGUCUGCUUCGACGCCUGCGUCGAGACCGCCAUCACAAUCUGCCUCGCGCACCACUUCGGCUGCCCCGUCGCCGCGUCUCGGUGCAGAGCCAACCCCGGCUACUCCAACUUCAGCUAAACGACAUCCCAAAUUAUUGUUCAAGCUCACCCCUGCAUCGUCCAAGUCGGGAGCGGGGCCCGUGCAAAAGUCCAAAUUGGCAGCAUCUGCAAGUGUGGCAAAGCAAGAACCGUCGGCGAAUGACGCGACCAGCGCUACGAGCAUCCCGUCCACACAGGUGUCCCCGAACAAUGCAGUGAGCCGGCCGCCGAUGACUGCCAAUGUCAAGCCCGAGCCACAGGCGUCCAAUUCACCAUCAACAGCCGACCCGAAGGCUGGUUUGAGGGUCAAUCCUGCGGCACCGGCAGUGGCCAAGUCCUCAACCCCCCACAAUGGAAAAGGUGUCGCACAGCGCAAGGCAGCCAACGCUGCUGAGCGCAAGGUUGCGUCCACCUCUGCUGCUGCCUCGAGCAAGCGCAGUUCCACGGGCUCUGGGAGCUCGACACCAGCACGCAAGAGCGAGGGUGGCAAGAGCAAAAGUCGUCGCGGCUCUCAUGCCGUGAUCUCAGCCACGCCGAGUGGACCAGACUCUCUGCCUCCCUAUCACCAUGACCCCGCUGUGCGGAUGGCGCCGGCUCGAACACGUAUGCUGCCCAAUGCCUGCUGCGUUAUCUCAUUUUUUCCAAAAUACUUCCUUUCUCAAAUCACAUGGCCCGCCUGCAUCGCCUUGGUUCAUCCCAUAGUUGAGAUUGAUAAAAACGGCUUUGCCGUAGGCUUGCCACCAAUCGUCGGCCCUGUGCAGCGGAGUAUCUCAAGGAAGAAGAAAAUUACUUUGGACGACGUGUUUGGCACCGCGCCGCUCAACGCCGAGAACUACAACAAGAUCAUUGCCCGCCCAAUGGAUUUCAACACCGUGCGCAGCCGCCUCGAGGCCAAUCUGUACCAGGAUAUUCAAAGCUUUGACCGUGAUCUGACACUGAUUGCCAACAAUUGCAAAACAUACACGGGCAAGUUGGACGCUGCAGUGACUAAAGAGUACAAGGAAUAUGUGGCAGCUUUCGAAGGAGCUAUUAUCACAAAUCUUCCGACUUUGACCAAGCAACUCGCCUUUGUGCCUCAAAAACCCUACCGCCGAUAUUGGGGGCCUGGAUGUCCUCCGGAGCCGUGGGACGGCGUAGAACAUGACAAUGCAGACGCUUCUGAGCGCCGUCAUGUGGAGAGCAGUGACGAUGAGCGCUAG